AAGCAGAAGCCAGAAUGAUAAAGGAAGUUGCCGGUCACAGGGAGGUGGAGAUGGGGAGGUCCUGCCCCACUCUGUCCUCCACAUGAGAAGGCCCUGGGGUUGUGGGCCCCUUUACACUGAUUCUUCCUGACUCCUGAGCACCCCAGGGUCCCUGCACAGGGCUCCUCUCCUUCCUGAUGGCUCUGCUGGUCUCACUUCCUGGAGGGAAUCAGGCCAUGGCUUGGAUCCUGCUUCUGCUGAUGUCAGCUGCAUGUCUGCAAGCUGGUAACUCAGCAGAACCGAACAGGGAAAGAACCUAUGGGGUCAACCAACCAGCACGCCUCUCUGGUGUCCAGGGCGGCUCCAUUGAGAUCCCCUUCUCCUUCUACUUCCCCUGGGAGUUGGCAGAGGAUCCACAGAUGAGGAUUCUCUGGAGAUGGAAGCACUUCCAUGGGGAAUUUAUCUACAACUCCUCCUCGGGUUUCAUACAUGAGCAUUUCAAGAACCGGCUCAUCCUGAACUGGACACAGCCUCAGACAUCCGGAGUCCUCAGAAUCCUGGACUUGAAGGAGAAGGACCAGACAGUGUACUUCUGCCGAAUUCAUCUGAACACAAGAGAAGGCAUGAAGAAGUUUCAGUCGAUUCCUGGGACCCAGCUGACCAUCACCCAUGACAGAGCACUGACUGACUCUGAAGCAGAAGUAACUGCAGGCCCAUGCAUGCCCUGGGAUCACCGAGACCCAUCCUAGUCACAUUGUGGUUCCACACAUGGCCAUACUGGAGCUGAGGGAGACUAUGUGCUUGGUAAUCGAUCACAACCUUCCUCUGUGGGUAUUAAUUUGUUUAUUUAUAUUUGGUUUUUACAACAAAGAGUCUCACUAUAUAUUCCUGGCUGUCCCAAAAUACACUAUGUAGACCAGGCUGGCCUUGUCCUCACAGAAAUCUGCCUGCCUCUGGCUCUCAAGUGCUGAGACAGUCAUGUGCAACCAUGCUCAGCUGUGGCUCUUGACUAUAUUAAGGUCAGCCUGUGAGAGGACACUCACAGCACAGUUCGUGUGCAGUCUCUACGGCUGCCAUAUUGACCUGAUGUAAUGACAACCAGCAGCUGCCAGGGCUCAGGGAAGGGAAAGGAGCUGUUGGAAAGGUCUAGGGCAGUGGUUCCCUGCCUAUCCUUUAAAAGAGUUCCUGGUGCUGUGGUGACGCCCAUCCAUGUAAUUAUUGUGUUACUGCUUCAUAACUUUAAUUCCAAUACUCCUAUGAAUUUGUAAUGUAAAUAACUGAUAGGCAGGAUACCCCAUAUGGGACCCUUGUGGGGUUAGGGACCCACAAGUUGAGAACUGCUGGUUUUUGAUCCAAAUAGGUAAAGGUUGUGGAAAUUAACCAUAGUGAUGUUUGUAGAGAAAACGAGUGUACUCUGCAUUGAGCUGUGCAUUUAUGCCUAAGAUUACACAUUUGUUAUACAUUA